UUCGGCAUUCGCUCAAAAUCGCUUGCAAAUCCACACACGCCAAUCAGUUUGCGUUUUGAGUUCUGCCCGGCAGCAUGUCGUCGUGGCUUGUGUUAAUCGCCGCUCUGGCAGCCCCACUGCUGUACCUGCUCGUCGCGCGUCAGUUCAGCUACUGGAAACGACGCGGAGUUGCCCAGCUGGGACCGAUCUUCCCGUUCGGCAAUCUUGGGCCGUUUUUCCGCCAGCGAUCAUGUCUUGGAGUUACGUACGCUGAGCUGUAUCACCGCUGGAAGGCGCUUCCUUUUGUUGGGAUUUACUUCUCGCUUCGACCUCUGCUCUUGAUUAACGAUCCCGAGCUGAUCAAGAAUGUGUUGACGCGGGAUUUCGAGUACUUCCACGAUCGUGGUCUGCACGUCAAUGAGGAGAAGGAUCCGCUUAGUGGGCACUUGUUUGCGCUGGGAGGUGACAAGUGGCGCCACCAUCGGUCCAAGCUGACGCCGACGUUUACAUCCGGACGGUUGAAGGAGAUGUUCCAGAACUUGGUCGAGAUAGGCCAGGUUCUGCAGGAGUAUGUGGGGAAGCGGGCUGCGGCUGGAGAGGAGGUUGAUGUGAGGGAGUUGAUGGCACGAUACACGACCGAUGUGAUUGCUUCCGUUGGAUUUGGCAUUGAGAAUGAUUCGAUAAACGAUAGUGACAACAUGUUCCGGAAGAUGGGCACCAAAGUGUUUGCGCAGGACAUCAAGACCAUUGUGCGGUUGGCCAGCACGUUCUUCUUGCCGAAGCUGAACGCCCUGUUCAAUUUCAAGUUUAUCGCGCAAGACAUCGAGGACUUUAUGAUGAACGUCGUUCGCGAAACGCUCGAAUACCGCGAAAGCAACAACGUCGUCCGGAAGGACAUCAUGCAAUUGCUGAUGCAACUCCGCAACACCGGAACGGUUUCGAUGGACAAAAUCUGGAAAGUCGAAGCUGCGACGCCAUCCGCGAAACAGCUCUCCCUCGAACAAGUGACAGCUCACGCCUUCGUAUUCUUCGCCGCGGGAUACGAAACGUCCUCCUCCACAAUCUCCUUCUGCCUGUUCGAGCUCGCCCGGAACGUCGACAUCCAGCGCAAGCUGCAAGCAGAAAUCGACCAAGUACUAGCAAAACACAACGGCGCCAUAACCUACGACAGCAUCAACGAGAUGAAAUACCUGGAGAACUGCAUCGACGAAACGCUACGCAAGUACCCAGCCGUCCCCUUCCUAAACCGGGAAUGCACCAAGGACUACGUAAUCCCCGGCACAAGCUCCACCGUCGAGAAGGGAACCACCGUCAUCAUCCCGGUACUCGGCCUACAGCACGACCCUGAGUUUUACAGCGAUCCCGAGAAGUUCAUCCCGGAGCGAUUCACCGAUGAAGCGACGACAGACAAGCCGUACCUUCCGUUCGGAACCGGUCCCCGGGUCUGCAUCGGGCUGCGACUGGGCAAACUUCAAACGAAGAUGGGACUGGUGAUGAUGCUGUCCAAGUUUAACAUCCGGCUGGUUGACGAGACGUACUACAGCAAGGAGCUGGAGCUGGAUUCGAAGGGCUUGUUUUUGAUGCCGAUUGGGGGAAUAAAGGUGGCGGUGUCCGCGAGAAGCGAUUGAGAUUAGGGGAAAUAUACCCAUUUUAAGCUUAAUAAGCGGUCGUGUUUGAAUGAUGCUGGAUAAUCUGGAGUGUUCCUUAAAAUUUACUAAAACCAAGUACACCAACGAGUAGAGCAACUUUUUGUGAACAUUUCUGUUUAUUUUCACUUUUUAUAAUAGUUAUGCUAUUCCCACAGACAAACAGACGGGACACUCGAGUGCCGAACCAUCGUCCUUCUAAAACGGUUAUUUCAAGUGCAAUUUUGUUUCGGCAUCCACUCACCCGGCGCUGAUGUCGCUGCUGUCGUGACAGCUCGCCCAUCUUUUCUUAGUGUGUGUGAUGUGUGUUUUUAAGUUGAGCUUGAGCACGUGUGAGGCAGCAAAUGAAAACAAAACAAUUAUGAUGGAAUUCAAGAAUUAUAACGAAGAUCCACAAUCCAGGCUUUGCUGGACAAGAUUGGGGCAGUCUUGGUCAGGGUUAUAUGAGCGGCUGACUAACGAGGACAUACCUUUUGCCCCACUAUUAACCCGGGGGGACUCCUCAACAGCCCGCCGAUGUUGAGGCUGCUGCUGAGGCGCCCGAUACUGCGGAGGAAGGCGGAUCCUAUGGUGGAGUCAUCUCCUUCGGAGCCUUCGUGGACUGCUGCUCAGAUUGCUGCUUCUGGUCGUCCUUUUGGCGAUGUUGCGUCGAUCGUGGGCGCCACUCAAUCUUCUUCUACAGUUGAGUUUCUUUGAUUCUGUUUCGAUGUAUGAUUUUGGUGUAGCGUUUUUUGGAAUCUUUGCGACUUUUUGCUUUUGUUGUUUGGUGCAACUUAACUGCUCCGUGGACACGUUCCCCGCGGUUUUUCCAAACGCCCAUCAUGGGGACCAAUUCUGGUAGAUUUGAAUUGGAUUUUUUCUAUUUCAGCGGUCUCUACUGGUGUUUUCGUGACCAGGGGUAUCGAGAUUUCGGUGGAGGAGGAAUCUUCGACAGAACUUGGAAACAACAGGAGGACCAGUUUUUUAGUCUCUGUCGUUGCGGCUGUGUUGCGUCGUUGCUGAUGCUGCCGCAUGAUUUGGCACAUGAAGUUCUGCCAUUGGAAACGGAACCAACCGUGGAACCGACCCACCGUCAUCUUCGGCCAUCGGAGUUGAUUUUUAUGUUUUUCAUCGGGUACUGACGAUCAGCAACAACAACAUUAUUUCGAUCAGCUGAUUAUGUUUACAAUCGUUAUGGCUUGAUUGUCUCACGCAUACAUUGACAUGACACAUGACAGUGAAGGGUUUGUAUUGGUAUGUUUGGGCUGCGCUUCGGCAUCAGCUCACCAGGUAGUGCUGGCGUCGCCGUGAUUUGGUGGUUUGAUGAAGGAUGAUGGAUUUCAAUAAUAAUUUGUAUGGAGAGUCACGUCUGUUUGUCUGUGCUAUUCCUAUAACAAGCAUUUAAAAAAAAUAUUUCCAAAAUGCAUUCUAAUCAGUCGAGUGCAUUGGGCCACGCCCAUUUUCCUAUUUUCAGCUUAGUUCUUUUUUUCUUCCAGCGCUCUUUUGGGUCUGCUUAGCAGUCAAUCUUGGGAUCGCAGCAAUCCUUGGUCGCGGUUGGUUGACAAGAAUUUGCGCUCCGCGUUUUUAUUAAUUUCUCGUCGCUCCAUACCCUCAGUGACGUGAUGUGAGCAAGGGCGUCUAUGCAAAGUGUCCCUACACCCGCUACAAAUUUCCGUCGCUUGGGGAGGGAAAAGGGAAACCAUUUUGAUCUAUGCGCCGGUAGUUGUAGCACUAAAAUUCGUGCAAAAAACUUAUGCACGUGGGUGUACAGAUUACGGAGUAAAAGCUGAUCGAAUUGUUCACCUAGCGCUCACAUGUGUUUCGGGACCAAGUUGCCUGCGGGUAUGGGGAUCAUACCUACAUACAUACAAAGUUUGAUUCCAAAGAAAAAUCUGAUGACGCCAUUCUAUUCAGCGUCCGAAUUCUUUAAAAACAGCUGUCGAGUUUUGCUCUAUCAUUUUAUGUUUCAAAGUUAUGACCAUUUGAAAAAAGAGGUUUUUUGGAAAAAAUACGAAAAUCGCAAAGCUUUUGGGCGGUGCCAAAAAAUAAGGGUUGGUUCAAUUUGGCUCGACAUCGGGAUUCUUACAUGUUUUGAUGGUAUCAAUAACUCCACUACUUGAGCUUGAUCAGAAAAAGUCGAUUUCGAAUUUGUGUUUUUUGUGUACAGUUGAGGCGAAAUGACCCAUAUGGAGAAUUUAAAAAUUCAAAAAUAUUGAAAUACAGACUUCUAGAAACACAAAAAUACAAUUAACAAAGUUAAAAUUAUAAAAAAAUACAGUAUGUAAAAAAAGUAUUUACACCCCUUGGGCACUAUGCACAUUUUGUGUUGAAACAUCAAAUCAAAAUCAAAUUAUUCGCUCUACAGCAUUGCCUUGGCGUUCUCGAUUGCGAGAUUCCUACUCGAAACUAGGUGUUCGAAGGCUUGAUUGUUGAGGCAAUUGCAAACCUCUUUUUACACCUUAGCUUCCAUCCACCCCGGGAUUCGAACUGACGACCUUUGGAUUGUUAGUCCAACUGCCUACCAGCGACUCCACCGAGGCAGGACCCAGGGAGACGACUCCUACACCUGGACUGAGCUAACGACCUAACCUUUUUUAAGUUAGUCCGGGGCCAACAUUUACUUCCCGUCCGACGGAAGGCGUGAUCAGACAAAUCUCGUCUCGAAAAAUGCCACUGGGACCGUCUGGGAUCGAACCCAGGCCGACUGGGUGAGAGGCAAUCACGCUUACCCCUACACCACGGUUCCCAUAUAAACAAUUUAAAGUUUGACAGAAACCUAGUACUACGUUUUAUUCAGAAACUCAUGCCGAACAUUUUGCUAUAAAAAGCUCAUGAAAUUAUGUUUUCUAUAAAAAGUUAUACAACAAAUACUAUUACAAAAAUCAAAAAAGGUGCAAAAAAAGUUUGUACACCUUUCGAAAAAUUAACAUAUAUAAAGUUAUUUGUUGACAAAUCACCAUAAAUCCAGUCUCCCAACUCCAAAUAGGCAUCCUUGACUGAUUAAAAAAUUAAUUUGGAUUGAAUAUAAAGUUUACUAAUUACAUAGUAUAAAAGUUUAUAUAACUCUGGAAAUUCUAUAAAAAACUUAUCUAAACUUGAUUUUGCAAACUUUCAAUUUAACUAAAUGUCAAUAUAUUACCAUAGAAUUGCUAAAUAAACAUUCUGGAGUGGGUAUAACACCGUUUUGAGGGUCUUUGUAUCGCUAGAAUAGAUUUUUCGUUGGAAUUUCAUACCAACCCGGAAUUACGUCGUCGGAAAAUCCGCCGGCAUCCGAACCGGUCCACAAUUCACAAGUUAACCUAUGUGGCAUCGGAAAGGGCAUAAAAUUUACGAUCUUUUGAUACCCAUACAUCUAGGUUCUCAAUAAUACCCACGUUUUUAAAUACCUAGGCAAAAACGUUGUUAUGGUUUCGUUUGGGCAACCUGCCAAAAAUGUAUGGACUUUCGCAAUUUUUGUUCUCGUGGAUCAAACUUACUUUUUGCUCAGGUAUUUAAAAACGUGGGUUUUAUAGAAAACCUAGAUGUAUGGGUAUCAAAAGAUCGGAAAUGUUAUGCCCUUUCCGAUGCCACAUAGGUUGACUUGUGAAUUGUGGACCGGUUCGGAUGCCGGCGGAUUUUCCGACGACGUAAUUCCGGGUUGGUACGAAAUUCCAACGAAAAAUCUAUUCUAGCGAUACAAAGACUCUCAAAAUAGUGUUAUACCCACUCCAGAAUGUUUAUUUAGCAAUUCUAUGGUAAUAUAUUGACAUUUAGUUAAAUUGAAAGUUUGCAAAAUUAAGUUUAGAUAAUUUUUAUAUAGAAUUUCCAGAGUUAUUCAGACUUUUAUACUAAGUAAUUAGUAAACUUUAUAUUCAAUCCAAAUUAUUUUUUUAAUCAGUCAAGGAUGCCUAUUUGGAGUUGGGAGACUGGAUUUUUGGUGAUUUGUCAACAAAAAACUUUAUUUAUGUUAAUUUUUCGAAAGGUGUACAAACUUUUUUUGCACCUUUUUGAUUUUUGUAAUAGUAUUUGUUAUAUAGCUUUUUAUAGAAAACAUCUUUUCAUGAACUUUUUGUAGCAAAAUGUUCGGCAUUAGUUUCUGAACAAAACGUAGUACUAGGUUUCUGUCAAACUUUAAAUUAUUUUAUGUUUCAUCACAAAAUGUACAUAGUGUCCAAGGGGUGUAAAUACUUUUUUUACAU